CGGGCCAAUUAGACCACACGGACUUUGCUUUCCCGAAAGGCCGCAGCCGGAUCGGAAAGAAGGUGGCCGCAGUCUCUUGUGGUCUCGGACGGUUUCUGAGCGUUCGUGUCCCUCACCUGCCACCUUCCGUCCUUCGGCUCCCACGAUGCCGAUGUACCAGGUAAAGCCCUAUCACGGGGGCAGCGCGUCUCUCCGUGUAGAGCUUCCCACCUGCAUGUACCAGCUCCCCAACGUGCACGGCAGGACAGGCGGCCCCGAGCCGGACGCAGGCCACGUGCAGGAAGAGUCUGACCCAUCUCUUCAAGCUCUUGAGUCCCGCCAAGAUGAUAUUUUAAAACGUCUGUAUGAACUGAAGGCUGCAGUUGAUGGCCUUUCCAAGAUGAUUCACACACCAGAUGCAGACGUGGAUGUAACCAACAUAAUCCAAGCUGAUGAGCCCACUUUCUCGACCAGUGCAUUGGACUUAAAUUCAGUGCUCGGAAAGGAUUACGGGGCACUGAAAGACAUCGUGAUCAACGCGAACCCGGCCUCCCCUCCCCUGUCCCUGCUCGUGCUGCACAGGCUGCUGUGUGACCACUACAGGGUCCUGUCCACCGUUCACACGCACUCUGCAGUCAAGAGUGUGCCGGAACACCUCCUCAAGUGCUUUGGCGAGCAGUCUAAAAAACAGCCCCGUCACGAGUAUCAGCUGGGUUUUACUCUGAUUUGGAAGAAUGUGCCGAAGACUCAGAUGAAGUUCAGCGUCCAAACAAUGUGUCCCAUCGAAGGAGAAGGGAACAUUGCACGGUUCCUGUUCUCUCUCUUUGGCCAGAAGCAGGACGCUGUAACUCUAACCCUCAUAGAUAGCUGGGUGGAUAUAGCGAUCUUUCAGCUCAAAGAGGGAAGCAGUAAAGAGAAAGCCGCCGUGUUCCGCUCCAUGAACUCCGCUCUCGGGAAGAGCCCCUGGCUUGUUGGGAAUGAACUCACCGUGGCUGAUGUGGUUCUGUGGUCGGUGCUGCAGCAGGCGGGAGGCUGUGGUGGGACCGUGCCGGCCAAUGUGCAGAAGUGGAUGAGGGCAUGCGAGAACCUGGCCCCCUUCAACACGGCCCUCAAGCUCCUCAAGUGAAUUUCAGUAACUGUAAAAGGUUGACUUCGAGAACAGUGCUGUUUCAUGCCUGUUGUGGGUGAAGGAACUUGUACUAAAAUCAGUCUAUUUCAGCCAGUUGCCUAGAAUCAAUAAAGGCAUCAUGUAA